AAGCACUCCUCGCCAUAGAGCGGUCUUCUCUCUGCCUGUCCCUACCAGCGGAAGGCAGCACGCUCUCUGUUCUUAUAUUUGUGCUGAGUGAAUCCUGAAACAUCCAUCAAAAUGGUGAACUUUACAGUGGACCAGAUCCGUGCCAUCAUGGACAAGAAGUCCAACAUCCGAAACAUGUCCGUGAUUGCGCACGUGGAUCAUGGGAAAUCAACGCUGACUGACUCUCUGGUGUCCAAGGCUGGAAUCAUCGCUUCCGCCCGCGCCGGAGAGACCCGCUUCACUGACACACGCAAAGACGAGCAGGAGCGCUGCAUUACCAUCAAAUCCACCGCCAUCUCCAUGUACUACGAGCUGUCUGAAAACGAUAUGGCCUUCAUUAAGCAGUGCAAGGAUGGAUCUGGUUUCCUCAUUAACCUGAUCGACUCUCCCGGGCACGUGGACUUCUCCUCGGAGGUCACAGCGGCUCUGCGUGUCACUGAUGGAGCUCUGGUUGUGGUGGAUUGUGUCUCUGGUGUGUGCGUGCAGACCGAGACCGUGCUGAGACAGGCCAUUGCUGAGCGCAUCAAGCCAGUGCUGAUGAUGAAUAAGAUGGACCGCGCCCUUCUGGAGUUGCAGUUGGAGCCUGAAGAGCUCUUCCAAACCUUCCAGCGCAUCGUGGAGAACGUCAACGUGAUCAUCUCCACCUAUGGAGAGGAUGAGGGUGGACCCAUGGGUAACAUCAUGAUUGACCCAGUGGUCGGUACCGUUGGUUUUGGUUCUGGUCUGCACGGAUGGGCCUUCACCCUCAAGCAGUUUGCUGAGAUGUACGUUUCCAAGUUUGCUGCCAAAGGUGAAGCUCAGCUGAAUCCAGCAGACCGUUGUAAGAAAGUGGAGGACAUGAUGAAGAAACUGUGGGGCGACAGGUUCUUUGACCCAGCCACUGGCAAAUUUAGCAAGACUGCCAACGGCCCUGAUGGCAAGAAACUGCCCCGCACCUUCGCUCAACUCAUCCUGGACCCCAUCUUCAAGGUGUUUGACGCCAUCAUGAACUUCAAGAAGGAGGAAACCGCGAAACUGAUCGAGAAGCUGGACAUCAAGCUGGACAGUGAGGACAAGGAAAAGGAAGGCAAGCCUCUGUUGAAGGCCGUGAUGCGUCGCUGGCUGCCCGCUGGAGAAGCUCUGCUUCAGAUGAUCACAAUCCACCUGCCUUCACCCGUCACGGCCCAGAGAUACCGCUGCGAGCUGCUCUACGAGGGACCUGGCGAUGACGAGGCUGCCUUGGGUAUUAAGAACUGUGACCCGAAGGCACCCCUCAUGAUGUACAUCUCAAAAAUGGUGCCCACCACAGACAAGGGCCGUUUCUACGCUUUCGGCCGUGUCUUCUCUGGGGUCGUGUCCACUGGCCUGAAGGUGCGCAUCAUGGGACCAAACUUCACCCCUGGCAAAAAGGAGGAUCUCUUCGUCAAACCCAUCCAGAGGACCAUUUUGAUGAUGGGUCGUUACGUCGAGCCCAUCGAGGAAGUACCAUGCGGUAACAUCGUUGGUUUGGUUGGCGUGGACCAGUUUUUGGUGAAGACCGGGACCAUCACAACCUUCGAGCAGGCCCACAACAUGCGUGUGAUGAAGUUCAGCGUGAGCCCUGUGGUGAGAGUGGCUGUGGAGGCCAAGAACCCCGCUGACCUGCCCAAACUGGUGGAGGGACUCAAACGUCUGGCCAAGUCCGACCCCAUGGUGCAGUGCAUCAUCGAGGAGUCCGGAGAGCACAUCAUCGCCGGAGCUGGAGAACUUCACCUGGAAAUCUGCCUUAAAGAUCUGGAAGAGGACCAUGCCUGCAUUCCACUCAAGAAAUCAGACCCAGUUGUGUCAUACAGGGAGACGGUGAGCGCAGAAUCCGACCAGAUGUGUUUGUCCAAGUCUCCUAACAAGCACAACCGUCUGUACAUGAAGGCCAAACCGUUCCCCGAUGGCCUUGCCGAAGACAUUGACAAAGGUGAAGUGACCUCUCGUCAGGAGCUCAAGACCCGUGCCCGUUACCUGGCCGACAAAUACGAGUGGGAGGUGACCGAAGCCCGAAAGAUCUGGUGCUUCGGACCUGACGGAACCGGACCCAACAUGCUGGUGGACGUGACCAAGGGUGUGCAGUACCUGAAUGAGAUCAAGGACAGUGUCGUGGCUGGAUUCCAGUGGGCUACUAAAGAGGGUGUGCUGUGCGAGGAGAACAUGCGUGCCGUCCGCUUCGAAGUCCACGACGUGACUCUCCACACAGACGCCAUCCAUCGUGGAGGCGGUCAGAUCAUUCCCACCGCUCGUAGAGUUCUGUACGCCUGUCAGCUCACCGCCGAGCCCAGACUCAUGGAGCCCGUUUACCUGGUGGAGAUUCAGUGCCCAGAGCAGGUGGUUGGUGGCAUCUACGGUGUCUUGAACAGGAAACGAGGCCACGUGUUUGAAGAGUCUCAGGUCAUGGGAACACCCAUAUUUGUCGUCAAGGCCUUCCUGCCUGUCAACGAGUCUUUCGGUUUCACCGCUGAUCUGCGCUCCAACACCGGUGGUCAGGCGUUCCCUCAAUGUGUGUUUGACCAUUGGCAGAUCCUGCCUGGAGACCCCAAAGACCCCGCCUCCAAACCAUGCCAGAUCGUCGCCGACACGCGUAAACGCAAGGGCCUGAAAGAGGGCAUCCCGGCACUCGACAACUUCCUCGACAAAUUAUAAUCGGCUGAGCGACGCUUCUCCCCCUGUAGCCUCCUUUACCAAUCUCUUAUUCUAAUUCCUGUUUGUCAUUCCUGUCCCUCCUGCACUCGUUUAUUUCCUCACUGAGUAAAAGAGGGACCGGACUGUCCAGGGCACAAACUACAGCACCAUGACACGGCAGAAAAAAUAUAAAGUGGAAAAUGUAAAUCAAAAUGAAAAAUAAUAAUAAAAAUGGAAAAUAAAUGUG